ACCUUGCUCCUUUGCAAAAAACUAUCAACACCAUCUUUCUUUCAAUAUAUUAUAAAUACAGAUAAUUCACAGAACCUGAUUUUAUCAAAUUGUUUUGAACACGAGUUUUGAUUGGCAUCUCAUUGUUACAGGGUUUUUGUCAGAUAUAUAAUUUUAAUUUAAUUUACUAGGGUUUAAAGUUUGAAUUAUUAUGUCAUCGUUUCCUGAGAAUACUGUAGCUGCUGAUAUGGAAAUUGCAGAAUCACAGGUAGAGGCACAGAUGGAUUACGGUACUGGUGGAGAUGAUAACGGCGUGACGGCUCCCGACGCGCCGCCGAAUACGACGGAGACAGAGCCUGCAACUACGUAUGUGUCUCAGCCGGAGAAUUCGAACGUGGUUAUGGAUGAUAACGGCGUGAUUGCUCCCGACGCGCCUCCGACGGAGCCUGCAACUACUCAGCCGGAGAAUUCGAACGUGGUUAUGGAUGAUCAAAAGAUCGACAAUGGCGCGGAUGCUGUGUACGCGCCGCUGACGCAUCAGCCUGAAGCUGUUGCUUCAGAAUUGGCCGAAGCGGUGCCUUCUGGUGUGGUUAAUAACAACAACGACGAGAAAAACGGCAACGAAAGCGAUGAUGUGAUGGUAACGGAGAACGAUGAUCCUAAUGCUUUUGGUAAUAUCGAUAGCAAUCAGUUUGUUAGCCCAAAUGUUGUUGGUGUUACUCCCAGUGCUGUUAGUAAUCAGGACACCGAGGUUGUUAAUUAUCAGAACAAUGGCUCUGCUGCUGUUGGGGAGGCGGUGAAGCGAAAGAGGGGAAGGCCAAGAAAGUACCCGGUCACUACUGAAGGUGCUUCAACUGUCCCUGUGGCGUCUCCGUCCCUGGUGAAUUCCCCGCUGCAAGCGAAGUCUCUGGAGAAAAGGGGCAGAGGAAGGCCUGCGGGCUCUGGUAAAAAACACAAAGCUGGUGCACCUUCUUCCCUGACACUUUCUCCUGCUAUUUCAGGAUUAAGUAUUGGGGCUGCAUUCACGCCAUAUUUCAUUACAGUGAGAAGUGGAGAGUAUGUACAGCCAAAAUUGUUGUCUCUUUCUCAAGUUGACAAACAAGUCGUAUGCGUUCUGUCAGCAAGCGGUAAUUUAUCUACUGUAACUCUCCAACAACCAUCGUCAUCUGGGGGCACUGUUACUUACCAGGGAUGCUUUGAAAUACUGUCUCUUUCUGGUUCUUAUCUGCUCUCAGAAUCUGGUGGCCGGCGUAGCACAACAGGGGGUUUGAGUGUGACACUUGCUGUGCCAAAUGGUUGCAUCUUUGGUGGUGGUGUGGCAGGUCCUCUUAUUGCGGGUUCUGAUGUUCAGAUAUUUGUUGGUACUUUUCUGGCAUCAGAGCAGCAUUUAACAACACCACGCUGCAACGAAGUUUUAACCGCUCCUGCAAACUACAUUUCAUCAGCGGAAGAAAGCCCUCCAUCUCGUGCCCUCUUAAGUGAACCCUCAGGUGCUGGAGGAAACCCAUAUAGUUACAGCAAUGGUGUUUUGAACAAUGGCAACCAGGAGCCAGUUCCAAAAGUAGCCUGGAUGUAGGAUAGGCUGCAGACGGAGCUCAUCUCAUUGUAGACCAACCAAGUGCAAAAUUAUAGGAAUUUUGUUUACUGUUUUCUUAUUGCAAGACUAAAUUUAAUGGCCAAUUAUUGCAGCAGUGAGUUGGUUCUGAACCUACUACCUGUUGUAAACUUUUGAGGAAUUGAUUCUCUGUACUCUCUUGGCAGUAACAUGUUUUUCCUGGUGCUUUCGUGUUAUCUGUUACCAAUUUUCUCAGGAUUAAGCAUUUUUUAAUUAGUUUUUUUAAUUAAGUAAAUAUUUUUUUCGUUA